AUGGCUUCAAAACGAGACUACGCCGACUCGGCCAGCGAUCACUCCGUCGAGCCAGCCGCGAAGCGAUCCAAGAGCCAGUCGAACAAGGCUCGACAACACCAGAACUCCCACAUUGAUCCGACGUGGGGUCAGAAAUACGUCUUUGGCAACCACGACGGCGCCACCACGGUUCCCGUCGAUCCAGAGCUCGAUUUUGAAGAUGACGGAGAUGCCAUGGCCUAUUUGAAAUCUGUGAGGCAAGAAGCCAACGGCAUCCCGCACCUGCUUGUUGCACCAAAGAUACCCAUCGGCCCACAGCUACCGACGGACUUCCAGCAUUGGACAAGCGACGACGAGCCCAAGGAGGGCGAGGAGGACAGGCACAUGGACCGUGGCCUGUACGACGAGGGCACUGGCGACUUCCGAGGCCGCUACGUCGACGGCGCAUACAUUGGCGCGCCAGAGUCGUGGGAUGAGGACGCGGCUUACGGCGACGACGAGGACGGCGCAGCGUGGGACGGCGACGCCGCGGAACAAGACGAGGACGACGCCUCCGACGCCGCCAUCCACGAAGCCUACUUCGCCUCGCUCCUCUCCCACUAUUCUGCCCUUCGCACCCUCCUCCACAGCAAGCCGCCCGAGGAGGCCGUCCAGAACCUGUCUCGCACGCACAGCCCCUUUGUCGGCCACUUUGGCCCCCGCUCCGCCACAUUCAAGAUCUGGGACCACCGCCUGCGCACGGCCGACCCGUCCCCCGUGCAGGUCGCGAGCAUGGACAAGGAUAGCGUCCUCCGGGUCCUGCGCGUGCUGCUGUCGGGCAGCUUCCUGCGGCGCGGGGGCGAGAUUGCCGAGCGCACGAGCCGCUGGGUGUGGGCGCUGCUCGCGCGGCUGCCGGACCGUGGCGAGCUGAACCACGUCGAGAUGAGCUGGAUACGGGACCUGGGCCGGCGCGCCGUGCUGAUGAACCAGAGCCUGGCGGACAUGGCGAACCUGAGGGAGGCGCUCGAGGGGGACCUCGGGGUGCACGAUGCCAUUGAUGACAGCUCGGAUGAUGACGCCGUGCUCGAGGACAUGGAGGUUGACGAGAAUGACGGCGAAGUUGUCGAUGCUGGCGAUGCUGAAGACGCCACCGCAGGUCAAGACGAUCGAGCGAUACAUCGUAGAGAAGGCCGGGGCGCGGAGCAAACCGAACAAGGUGAGACAGACGACGGCGACAACGACAAGGCCCCCGAGAGCGAACCCUUAGAGCCGGCAGCGGAGCCCAGAGUCGAACCUCGGCGCAAGGACACCAAAGACGACGACGUGCAGUCAGAGCCCAUGGACUGCCCCGAAGAUGGCGAGGCCUCAGAAGAACAGGUCCCACGAGAUCCGCAGGCCCCGCGGUCGGAGGCUGAGAACCCAGAGAGUCUCGAAGCGAUGCGAAGUAGAAUUCUCGCCGCGCUGGACACAGUCGAGGUGCAAGGCGCCGAAGAGGAGGCGACAGAAAAACAGGCAGCCGAAGACCGGUGGCGUGCAAGAACCAACAUGCGUGCGACCCUGAAUAUGAUUUUGACCGUCGCCGGCGACUUUUACGGGCAACGAGAUCUGCUCGAAUUUCGAGAGCCUUUUACAGGUAUGUAG